GGAAGUGGGGGGCUGAAUCCUUCUUUUCUCAUGACUCCCAAAUAGUCCUUCAGGACCUGUGUGCCCUCUCCCCGACCCGCAGGCCCACGGGAGCCUGGGCCCCGCCUCCCCAGGGCGCGAAAACUGGUGAAGUCUCAGGGGUUCCCAUUUAUAGCUCCGUUUCCACUCAGCUCAGUCCCUCCUGGGUCCGUGCUGAGCAAGUUUCUUCCACUAUCUUCUUUCCUCCUCCUCAGGCGCGCCUCCCCUUCAACCUCAGCAGGGCGCAGAUGUCCAACACGAGCAGAGCCCCCUCCUUGGACCCAGGUGUUACAGCUCUCAGACCCCCUGAUAACGCAGGGGUGCCCUCCUGCUGCGCGAACCGGGACCCGGAGCGCCCAUAGUCUUGGCACGCACGCCGCCCGAGUUUCUCAAUGGGAAGAGGGCGGGUAACCAGGGGGCGGGGCGAGUAGGAUCCCGCCCUCCCGCGGGUCUCUCGCACACCCAGGGUGUGCAACCCGCGAGCGGUACAGAGCAUCGGAGGCUGCGGAUCAGCCAGAUUUCGGGGACUCCAGGCCAGACGUAGAAUCCUCCAGACUGGAGUGGGGGCGGGGGGAACUGGGGUACAGAGAGGGGUUCCAGUCCAGCGUGGUGAGAGGCGUGCUGUCGAGGAAGAAGUUGGAGAGAAAUCAGUGCAACCCAAAGUCUACGGGAUCUUGGGGUGCACGCACAAACACACACGGGAUGCUGGGCCCCGCCCUCCUCGUCCUCCUCUGCAGCUUCAGAGGACUUGCAGGCCCAUUGCCCCAUUUUCUGCAACAGCCAGAGGACAUGGUGGUGCUGCUGGGGGCUGAAGCCCGGCUGCCCUGCGCUCUGGGAGCAUACCGGGGGCUCGUUCAGUGGACUAAGGAUGGGUUGGCUCUAGGGGGCGAAAGAGACCUUCCAGGGUGGUCCCGGUACUGGAUAUCAGGGAAUGCAGCCAGUGGCCAGCAUGACCUCCACAUUAAACCUGUGGAACUGGAAGACGAAGCAUCAUAUGAGUGUCAGGCUUCACAAGCAGGCCUCCGAUCACGACCUGCCCAACUGCGUGUGAUGGUCCCCCCAGAAGCCCCCCAGAUACUAGGCGGCCCUUCUGUGUCUCUGGUUGCUGGAGUUCCUGGGAAUCUGACCUGUCGGAGUCGAGGGGAUGCGCAACCUGCCCCUGAACUGCUGUGGUUCCGAGAUGGGGUCCGGCUGGAUGGAGCCACCUUCCACCAGACCACGCUGAAGGACAAGACCACUGGGGCAGUGGAAAACACCUUAUUCCUGACCCCUUCCAGUCACGAUGAUGGAGCCACCUUGAUCUGCAGAGCCCGGAGCCAGGUCCUGCCCACGGGGAAGGACACAGCGGUGACAUUAAUCCUGCAGUAUCCCCCCGUGGUGACUCUGUCUGCUGAGCCCCAGACUGUGCAGGAGGGAGAGAAGGCGACUUUCCUGUGUCAAGCCACUGCCCACCCUCCUGUCACCGGCUACAGUUGGGCGAAAGGGGGAUCCCCGGUGCUCGGGGCACGUGGGCCAAGGUUGGAGGUCGUAGCAGACGCUACGUUCCUGACUGAGCCAGUGUCCUGCGAAGUCAGCAACGCGGUGGGAAGCGCCAACCGAAGCACCGCGCUGGAAGUGCUGUAUGGACCUAUUCUGCCGGCAAAACCGAAGCCUGUGUCCGUGGACGUGGGGAAAGACGCCUCCUUCAGCUGUGCCUGGCGAGGGAACCCACUUCCACGGAUUACCUGGACGCGCCUCGGUAGCUCUCAGGUGCUGAGCUCGGGGCCCACGUUGCGUCUUCCAUCCGUGGCGUUGGAGGAUGCGGGUGACUAUGUGUGUAGGGCUGAGCCUCGGCGCUCGGGUUUAGGAGGCGGCACGGCGCAGGCGAGGUUGACGGUGAACGCUCCCCCGGUAGUGAAGGCCCUGAUUCCUGCGCCUGCCUUCCUGAGGGGCCCUGCUCGACUCCAGUGUGUGGUGUUUGCUUCCCCUGCCCCGGACUCCGUGGUUUGGUCUUGGGACGAGGGCUUCCUGGAGGCAGGUUCGCUAGGCAGAUUCCUGGUGGAGACCUUCUCAGCCCCUGAAGAGGAGGGAGGACAGGGCCCAGGCCUUAUUUCUGUGUUACACAUUUCCGGGACCCAGGAAUCUGACUUUACCAGGGGCUUUAACUGCAGUGCCAGGAACCGGCUGGGUGAGGGACGAACCCAGGUCCACCUGGGUCGUAGAGACUUGCUGCCCACUGUACGGAUUGUGGCUGGAGCAGUCUCUGCAGCCACCGCUCUCUUUAUGGUCAUCACUGGAGUGAUUCUCUGCUGCUGGCGUCAUGGCUCUUUCUCUAAGCAAAAGAACUUGGUCCGGAUCCCAGGAAGCAGUGAUGGCUCCAGUUCACGCGGCCCUGAGGAGGAGGCAGGUGGCAGUGAGGAACGGGGUCCCAUUGUGCACCCCGACCAGGGUGACUUGAUUCUUGAUGAGAAGGAGGCCCUGGAGGCAGCGGAUCCAACCAACGGUUACUACAAGGUUCGAGGAGUCAGUGUGAGCCUUAGCCUUGGGGAAGCCCCCGGAGGAGGCCUCUUCUUGCCACCCCCCUCUCCAAUUGGAUUUCCAGGAGCUCCUACUUACUAUGACUUCAAGCCACACCUGGACUUAGUGCCCCCCUGCAGACUGUACAGAGCGCGGGCCGGCUAUCUCACCACACCCCAUCCCCGUGCUUUCACAAGCUAUCUGAACCCCACAUCCUUUGGACCCCCAGAUUUAAGCUCUGGGACUCCCCCUUUCCCCUACGCUACCUUGUCUCCACCCAGCCACCAGCGUCUCCAGACUCACGUGUGAAGAAGUCUCUGAUCGAAGAGUCUCAAGAGCGUCAACUUGCCGUCAUGUGCUGUCUAGCGUUCUGAGGAAUCAAAACAAGUUGAUGACCUACUCCUCCAAAACUGAACACCAGAGGAGGGAAACAACCGCCAGGAUUGUUGACGUGUGGUUGGCUCAGCCAAAGGGGAUGCUCCAAGAGGGAGCAAUACGACCACUAUACCCACUUACUCUCCUGUGAGAAAGACAUUCAAGUUUUAAUGAAAGACAGUCAAAUUCUUUGCAGAAGGACAAAGACAGGAGGUGAUGGGAGUCAGGGCCAUGGAUGGGAGGCUUUUCUAACUAGCAGAUAAGAUAUCUGCACCAAAAAUAUGAUAGCAAAAGACAAAUCAAGAUGAAUGAAAUAACCCCCCCACCAAUUCCUGGCUUUCCCAGGAAAGGGAACUUUGGCCAAUAAAAGUAUAGCCAAUAUGGCCGUUGAUUCUAUGAGAACUCAAAAUGACCACUAUCUUGAUUCCUUCCUUAAAACCAUGAAAGAACUGAAUCCAAGGACUGGGGAUGGCGUGAGAAUAAAAGCAACAAAAGGUG